AUGGCGCCACGCAAGAGGGUCGUCGUAGCAGUAGCACUUGUGCUUUUGGUCGCUGUUCUGGUUAGCGGCGGCCAGGCCCGACAGGCAGCGGCCAGAGGCGCCGACGGCGUGGAGCUCCGGAGCUUGGCGCGCGGCAUCAUCAACGUCGUAGUCGGCGACGGCUACAUCGGCUGCCUGGAGAUGGGCUUCUCCAGGUGCUUCGCGGAUCCCACGCUCAUCUGCGUCGAGGAUGCGAUGGUGGAGUGCAGCCUGCAGGCCGCGGCUGCACCGGCGGCGACGACGACCGGACCUGCAGCCCCUUUGGCUGGAGGCGGAGCGGAGGCGGAGCUUGUCUUUGGCGCCAUUGGAGGCAUCAUCGGGCACGGCAUCACUACUCUCGGCGCCAAGUACAUCAACUGCGUGGAGAUUGACCUGGCGGCCAAGUGCUUCUCGGACCCUACCAUAGGGUGCGUCGAGAAGGCCAUGGGGGCGUGCUAG